AUGGUGCACACCAAGGUCGUUAUCAUUGGCUCCGGCCCCGCCGCACACACCGCCGCGAUCUAUCUCUCUCGUGCGGAGCUUAAGCCUGUCCUCUAUGAGGGUAUGCUGGCUAACGGCACUGCCGCUGGCGGUCAGCUCACCACCACCACUGACAUCGAGAACUUCCCCGGCUUCCCUGAUGGUAUCGGUGGUACAGAGCUGAUGGAGAACAUGCGCAAGCAGUCCGUCCGUUUCGGAACCGAGGUCAUCACCGAGACUAUCUCGAGAGUGGAUUUCUCGCAGAGGCCGUUCAAGCUGUGGACAGAGUGGAACGAUGGUCCUGACAAUGAGCCCGCCCACACUGCCGAUGCUAUCAUCAUCGCCACUGGUGCCAAUGCCCGUCGUCUCGACCUGCCCGGUGAGGACAAGUACUGGCAGAACGGAAUCAGUGCCUGUGCCGUCUGUGACGGUGCUGUGCCAAUCUUCCGUAACAAGCCCCUCUAUGUGAUCGGUGGUGGUGACUCCGCUGCCGAAGAGGCCAUGUUCCUGGCCAAGUACGGCAGCUCGGUUACCGUUCUGGUCCGUCGUGACAAGCUUCGUGCCAGCAAGGCCAUGGCCAGCCGUCUUCUGGCCCACCCCAAGGUGACCGUUCGUUUCAACACCGUUGCGACCCAGGUCCUGGGUGAGGAGAAGCCCAUGGGCUUGAUGACCCACCUGCGUGUCAAGAACACCGUCACCGGCGAGGAGGAGACCGUCGACGCUAACGGUCUUUUCUACGCCGUUGGCCACGACCCCGCCACCUCCUUGGUCAAGGGCACGAUCGACCUCGAUGACGAAGGAUACAUCAUCACCAAGCCUGGCACCAGCUACACCAGCCUGGAAGGUGUCUUCGCUUGCGGUGACGUCCAGGACAAGCGCUAUCGCCAGGCCAUCACCAGUGCUGGCUCCGGCUGCAUUGCUGCUCUUGAGGCUGAGAAGUUCAUCGCUGAAUCCGAGUCCCCUGAAGAGGAGGCUCCCGUCAACGAGGUCAAACAAACCCCUCAGGGUAAAACCGCGGAGUACAAGUCUAACCCUCUCCUCUAA